AUGCUCACCCCUAGUCCUCCUCACUCUAGCACCUUCGCCAAGCUCACCCCUAUUCCUCCUCACUCUAGCACCUUCGCCACGCUCACCCAUAUUCCCCCUCACUCUAGCACCUUCCCCACGCUCACCCCUAUUCCUCCUCACUCUAGCACCUUCGCCACGCUCACCCCUAUUCCUCCUCACUCUAGCACCUUCGCCACACUCACCCCUAUUCCUCCUCACUCCAGCAACUUCGCCACGCUCACCCCUAUUCCCCCUCACUCUAGCACCUUCGCCACGCUCACCCCUAUUCCCCCUCACUCUAGCACCUUCGCCACGCUCACCCCUAUUCCUCCUCACUCUAGCACCUUCGCCACGCUCACCCCUAUUCCCCCUCACUCUAGCACCCUCGGCCCGCUCACCCCUAUUCCCCCUCACUCUAGCACCUUCGCCACGCUCACCCCUAUUCCCCCUCACUCUAGCACCUUCGCCACACUCACCCCUAUUCCUCCUCACUCUAGCACCUUCGCCACGCUCACCCCUAUUCCUCCUCACUCUAGCACCUUCGCCACGCUCACCCCUAUUCCCCCUCACUCUAGCACCUUCGCCACGCUCACCCCUAUUCCCCCUCACUCUAGCACCUUCGCCACGCUCACCCCUAUUCCCCCUCACUCUAGCACCUUCGCCACACUCACCCCUAUUCCUCCUCACUCUAGCACCUUCGCCACGCUCACCCCUAUUCCUCCUCACUCUAGCACCUUCGCCACGCUCACCCCUAUUCCCCCUCACUCUAGCACCUUCGCCACGCUCACCCCUAUUCCUCCUCACUCUAGCACCUUCGCCACACUCACCCCUAUUCCCCCUUACUCUAGCACCUUCGCCACGCUCACCCCUAUUCCCCCUCACUCUAGCACCUUCGCCACGCUCACCCCUAUUCCUCCUCACUCUAGCACCUUCGCCACGCUCACCCCUAUUCCCCCUCACUCUAGCACCUUCGCCACGCUCACCCCUAUUCCUCCUCACUCUAGCACCUUCGCCACGCUCACCCCUAUUCCCCCUCACUCUAGCACCUUCGCCACGCUCACCCAUAUUCCUCCUCACUCUAGCACCUUCGCCACGCUCACCCCUAUUCCCCCUCACUCUAGCACCUUCGCCACGCUCACCCCUAUUCCCCCUCACUCUAGCACCUUCGCCACGCUCACCCCUAGUCCUCCUCACUCUAGCACCUUCGCCAAGCUCACCCCUAUUCCUCCUCACUCUAGCACCUUCGCCACGCUCACCCAUAUUCCCCCUCACUCUAGCACCUUCGCCACGCUCACCCCUAUUCCUCCUCACUCUAGCACCUUCGCCACGCUCACCCCUAUUCCUCCUCACUCUAGCACCUUCGCCACACUCACCCCUAUUCCUCCUCACUCUAGCACCUUCGCCACGCUCACCCCUAUUCCCCCUCACUCUAGCACCUUCGCCACGCUCACCCCUAUUCCCCCUCACUCUAGCACCUUCGCCACGCUCACCCCUAUUCCCCCUCACUCUAGCACCUUCGCCACGCUCACCCCUAGUCCUCCUCACUCUAGCACCUUCGCCAAGCUCACCCCUAUUCCUCCUCACUCUAGCACCUUCGCCACGCUCACCCAUAUUCCCCCUCACUCUAGCACCUUCGCCACGCUCACCCCUAUUCCUCCUCACUCUAGCACCUUCGCCACGCUCACCCCUAUUCCUCCUCACUCUAGCACCUUCGCCACACUCACCCCUAUUCCUCCUCACUCUAGCACCUUCGCCACGCUCACCCCUAUUCCUCCUCACUCUAGCACCUUCGCCACGCUCACCCCUAUUCCCCCUCACUCUAGCACCUUCGCCACGCUCACCCCUAUUCCUCCUCACUCUAGCACCUUCGCCACGCUCACCCCUAUUCCCCCUCACUCUAGCACCUUCGCCACGCUCACCCCUAUUCCCCCUCACUCUAGCACCUUCGCCACGCUCACCCCUAUUCCCCCUCACUCUAGCACCUUCGCCACACUCACCCCUAUUCCUCCUCACUCUAGCACCUUCGCCACGCUCACCCCUAUUCCUCCUCACUCUAGCACCUUCGCCACGCUCACCCCUAUUCCCCCUCACUCUAGCACCUUCGCCACGCUCACCCCUAUUCCCCCUCACUCUAGCACCUUCGCCACGCUCACCCCUAUUCCUCCUCACUCUAGCACCUUCGCCACACUCACCCCUAUUCCCCCUUACUCUAGCACCUUCGCCACGCUCACCCCUAUUCCCCCUCACUCUAGCACCUUCGCCACGCUCACCCCUAUUCCUCCUCACUCUAGCACCUUCGCCACGCUCACCCCUAUUCCCCCUCACUCUAGCACCUUCGCCACGCUCACCCCUAUUCCUCCUCACUCUAGCACCUUCGCCACGCUCACCCCUAUUCCCCCUCACUCUAGCACCUUCGCCACGCUCACCCAUAUUCCUCCUCACUCUAGCACCUUCGCCACGCUCACCCCUAUUCCCCCUCACUCUAGCACCUUCGCCACGCUCACCCCUAUUCCCCCUCACUCUAGCACCUUCGCCACGCUCACCCCUAGUCCUCCUCACUCUAGCACCUUCGCCAAGCUCACCCCUAUUCCUCCUCACUCUAGCACCUUCGCCACGCUCACCCAUAUUCCCCCUCACUCUAGCACCUUCGCCACGCUCACCCCUAUUCCUCCUCACUCUAGCACCUUCGCCACGCUCACCCCUAUUCCUCCUCACUCUAGCACCUUCGCCACACUCACCCCUAUUCCUCCUCACUCUAGCACCUUCGCCACGCUCACCCCUAUUCCCCCUCACUCUAGCACCUUCGCCACGCUCACCCCUAUUCCCCCUCACUCUAGCACCUUCGCCACGCUCACCCCUAUUCCUCCUCACUCUAGCACCUUCGCCACGCUCACCCCUAUUCCUCCUCACUCUAGCACCUUCGCCACACUCACCCCUAUUCCCCCUCACUCUAGCACCUUCGCCACGCUCACCCCUAUUCCCCCUCACUCUAGCACCUUCGCCACGCUCACCCCUAUUCCCCCUCACUCUAGCACCUUCGCCACGCUCACCCCUAUUCCUCCUCACUCUAGCACCUUCGCCACGCUCACCCCUAGUCCUCCUCACUCUAGCACCUUCGCCACGCUCACCCCUAUUCCCCCUCACUCUAGCACCUUCGCCACGCUCACCCCUAUUCCCCCUCACUCUAGCACCUUCGCCACACUCACCCCUAUUCCCCCUCACUCUAGCACCUUCGCCACGCUCACCCCUAUUCCCCCUCACUCUAGCACCUUCGCCACGCUCACCCCUAUUCCUCCUCACUCUAGCACCUUCGCCACGCUCACCCCUAUUCCUCCUCACUCCAGCACCUUCGCCACACUCACCCCGAUGAGUGCCUGCCCACUUAUUUGGGUGGCGGGAAUGGCGUCGCUACAGUUGCCCUCCCACGGGCUUGGCUUGCCUGAUGGCCCCACACUGAGAACCACCCACUCCUUGCCGUCCCUGUGCGUCAAUCUGUGGUGGAGAGGGGUAGCGAGGGGCGGAGUGGGGCAGAGCGGGGGGGGGUGGAGAGGGAUGCGGUGCUGUUCAGUUGGUGGGAAUGGAUACGACGAGGUGUUGUAA